AUGAUCUUUCGAAUAGACGUAUCUGAGCGCACCCGCUGGGCUUCCUCUGUCACGCCAACCUCGUCGACUCAUGAUCCAGCCGAAAUGGAGGCGCUAGAAGCGCUCGAAGCAGGAACACAGAAACUUGAAGAAGGUGACGUAGAAGGGGCUCGCGCACUAUACCAACGUAGUGUGGAUUUGAAACCCAAUGCCUCAAACCUAUUCAAUUUGGGGGUGACUAAAUACCAUGCCAAGGACUUUGAUGGUGCUAUCGAAAACUGGAAGCAAUCUAUUGAGCUGCAGCCCGACUCGCCCGACGCACACACAAAUUUGGCCAGUGCAUACAUCAUGAAUCCGGUUCCUAAGCCCCAGCUCGCAGUUCAGCAUCUAAGGAUUGCGGUUGAGUUGGCACCCCAAGAUCCAGAAAUUGCGUUUAAUUUGGCAGCUGUACUGGAGGCGUGCGGUGAGCUAGAUGAAUCACUGAAGUAUUAUACGAUCAGCAAAGACAACGGAGUUGAGCGUGCGGCGGUUCACGUUCGUAAUGUAAGUGCCAAGAUUUUGGGUAAACGACUUCAGGCCCAAGAAGAAGCUGGGAAAUCAUCAGGGGGUUCAUGA